AUGCCCACUUUCCUUGGAUCCCAAAAAUCAACGCCCCCAAGUCCUUGCGGACAGUAUUCCUGCAUUGCAUAUCAAUCCAAACAUGUGUCCUCAACUCUUGUUUCCAUGCAGGGAGGGCCUUAUCCCUCCUCCUACCUUAUCUUUUCUUCCUUCUCUUAUAUUGACCUCGCCUACCUUGGACACAACAAACUCAAAAUGUUGGCCAAGCUGACCCUCAUCGCGGGGGCCUUCCUUGCCGCCCUCCCCCCCGCUGCUCCCUCCAGCUACAGCGCCACUGAGAUUAACAUUCCUGGGGCACUCAAGAUCAUUGAGAUCACUGAGUCUGCCGGCAUGCAGUUGGUCUGGUACGGUGAUGCCGACUCCGCCAGCACAGCCAACUCAACUACCGACUUGGAGACGCCCUGGCUUUCUCGUCGUUGCAGUUCCAACAGGACCAAGUGCUGGGGUGACCACCUGGCGAGUGUUGCCUCCUGCAUGGGUUUGCUCGACGGCGCGCUUGUCAGUGGCAGCAAGAUCCCGACGUCCCCUCGCUCUGUGUGCGCCUGGCCCAAGCGCGAAACUAGUAGCAAGCAGUGCUGCAACAGCUGGUCCGACAACUUAUGGGACGCCGAAUGGUUUCAUCUCCGUGGUGGCGCGGAGGCUAUCCUCGAGGCAUGCGGUGGAAGUGAUGGACUGGUGUCAGGCAAGUCUUAUGACACCUUGAUUGGCAGGACCUGCACCACUCAGUGUCUGUCUAACCGCCCUGAUGGCUGCAACGACAGCUAA